AUGGCUAUUCCUACGAAGACGCUUAAUCCAGAAACCCUAGCCACGGCCCAAACAAGUCUUGAUGAAAAUGGAUUUUUCAUCGUUCCAAAUGUCCUCGACGAGAAAACUAUCAAUUUCGUGCUUGAUCGGCUUUGGGCUGCAGCCGAAGAAAACAAGAGACGCGGCGCAGAAUUGUUCAUGCCAGCAUUAGAUCCAAACAGUUCCAACGUCCGCGUUUUCUAUCUCAUGGAGUUGGACUCUGUUUUCCGAGAAUUGAUUCAGCACCCGGCAGCUCUCGAAAUCGCCAAACUAGUCAUCGGACCAAAGCUACUCGUCUCCAAUUUUACCGCCAAUAUCGCCAAGCCUGGCUCCGGCUCAAUGGCUCUCCAUUCCGACCAGUCUCUCGUCGUUCCAGAUCCGUGGGAGAAGCCUUGGGCUGUGAAUAUUGUUUGGUGUUUGUCUGAUGUCUAUUUCGAGAACGGGGCGACUUUAUUCAUACCCGGCAGCCACAAGUGGAUACGGAAGGAUGAGGUACCGAAUAAUGCAAAUGAAAUGCUGAAGCCGUUUGUCGCGAAGGCUGGGUCUAUCAUUGCUAUGGACGCGCGUGUUUGGCAUACUUCGGGUGCGAAUAUUACGAAGGAUCAGGAGCGUGCGCUGCUCUUUGGGUAUUACACUGUUCCUUUCUUGCGCCAGCAGGUCAAUUGGACAGCGGCUUUGUCGCCGGGGAUUCAAGAUUCUCUGAGCACCGAUAUGCGGGAGCUACUAGGGUUGAAUAUCACGGCCAAUUCAGGGUCUGCGUCCAACGUCGGCACUGGGCUAGAGGAAUACGAGGCUAAGAAGAUCGAUGUAUAG